GCUCUUCAGAUUUGCGGACUGGAGCAGGAGCGAUUUUUAGUGUGAGCAAUAGCUAUGCUUAGCAGUGCUGAAGCUGUGCAACUUAAAUUUCAAAGUGAUUUCUUCGUUGCUUCUUAUCCUGAUGAUAGAUUAUUCCAAAAUAUGACCCUGUUUUGGAAACUUCAGUUAGCCAAGUAAAGAUAGCGUGGAUGAUGGAGCCGCAAGGACAGCACCAAGCAAACUGCGUCCCCACCAUCUCAAUCCCCGACAACAACAUUGAGUUCAUCGAGACUUGUGACAGCAACGUCUACAGGAUAGUGCAGGCUGGAGAGCCGUUAAUGGCUCAACAGCAGUUGCAAAUGCAAGCUCCCACAGUAAAGCAUGCCCAAUUUGUCUACAACCAAGGAGGGCAAGCGCAGCAGCUGAUUCUUCAAAAUGCAAGCCCAUUUCAGGUUCAGCAUGGUGCCCUUGUGACACCCCAAAUGGUCUGGCGGGCAUCUCCGCAGGUGCCCAAAGUGCUCUUAAAGCCACAUCAUCUGGUGAAAGUCGUGCCAAACACCACCAAUGGCAACAUCAUAAUGCUUACACAGUCACCACAGCACAUACCAGUGAGAAACAUACCAGAAUUUCAAGAGAGAUAUGGAAUGAUCAUCAGUCCUGACAAGAAUUGCCAAGCAAAAGUUUCCCAAACUAAUGCUCAAGCGUCUUCAGCAAAGCCGCCUUUGCCUACCGGGCCGCCUCCACUGCAGCCCCCGCCUCCGAUAACGCCACCGCAAAUCUUGCCAGAGGCAAAUCUUGCCUUUAUUCAAGCCCAAGGUGCUGCGCCUGCGGGUCAUGUGGGAGCCCCACGGCAGAUAUUAACAACUCUGAAGCCGGUCUUAAUCGCCCGCCCUUCCCAGACCAGCAUGCUCAAGUUGCACGACGCUAGCUCACCACCCAAAGGGAAUGCAACAGCAACGACCAGCGCAUCUACGGCUCGGCACAUCAUCACCGCUGGGAACAAGAAUUUUAACGUUAUCUCUUCAACAUCAUGCAAAGCCAUUCCGUGCGCGCCGCAGGAGGAAAAUGGGCAAAGUCCUGUUGUUCAAACUGAGGUGCCACCUGCGGAGCAAGCCUCUAAGGAUUCCAUUUCAAGAGGCUGUCCUAAAUUGCCUGGGCUGCUUACCAAAGGUCCAGUUUUGUCUGUGUCCACCACAGUGACAGAUCAAGCCAGUGUAACUCGCGCGCUUAGCCCAGCAACGCAAACUCCACAUGUGGAAGCCAUGCGGAUUAUUCCUGGAAAGGUUGCAGUCUGCUUGUUGUGUGGUUUCAGCAGCUUGGACUUGAACAAGUGCCAGCGGUGCAAGCGACCUUUGGGGAAAGCGAAAAUCGUGGACGACAACAUGCACAGGCCAAAAGACAGCUCCAAUCAAAAGUCCAGCCCUAAGAUUUUGAAGAGAGCGGGCCCAUCUGAGAAAGUCACUUUGUCGCCAGCCACCCCCUCAACGUCAAAGAGCAAGCCAGUUGAACAAAAAAUCGUGAUUGGGAAUUCGCCACUGAUAAUUAAAUCCAAAAAGUUGGUAGCCACAACAUUAAGGAAGGCCAAAGCUGUCGAAGAGCCAGUGUGCCUAACCAUAUCGGACGAUGAGGAUGAAGCUGCUGCCACUGUCCCUGCUAAACAAAAGCCAGCCCCGCAGACGAACAAAUCACCAGGGGAGAAUCGGAUUUCAUUUACCAGAGAUUCAGCCCUGUGCCCCCUGAUAAAAUGCAAAGAACCCUCUACUGAGCAACUUUCUCAAUCGGAUGAUUCAACUCUCUCAUUAGGUCUACCAGAGAGCGUAAUCGAAAAUUACCAAAAGGGUCUUGGAUCUGUCAGCGCAAACUUGAAGUGUAGGACAGUUCGCAUUGGAUCUUAUAAAGAAGUGCCGAUUGAAGCUGUGCUCCUCUGCCCUGAGGGUCUUAGAAUAAGCAUGCCACACCCUGAAACCAAAGUUCCGGUUGUUGUGGAAGUUCCCCGAGUGAGUGUGUCGGCGGUUCUUGCCCACCUUGGCCGAGCAAUGCCGGUGCUGUUUAUCUACUUGAACUGCAAAGCGGCCGAAAAGGUUCGCCACCUAUUUGGCAUGAUGGACCCUAGCAAAGAGCCGUACUUUGACCCGCUAUCGAGCAACGAGACGCACAAGCGGAUAACCCUGCUCCCAGAACGCGUGAGCGAUGAAGCCAAGCUUGUGAUCAAGCGUAUCUUUAGUAGGGAGCAUGGCAGAGACGCUAUCACCCUUCUCGAGUCAAAAGAGGCGAACGCAAUCCUCGUCAAGGCGUCCCCCGCGAAUCCUGAGCAGGCUUCCCAACUAGCCAAGAACAAAGCGGUGGAAUCCAAGCCUGCCGGAAAAGAUCUAAUACGAGAAAUAUUUGUGUAUCCUAAACCUCCAAUAAAAGGUGGUAUACCCAUAACCACAGAGGACUACAUUUGUCUUGGUGAGGAGCAGUUUUUGAAUGAUGCUAUUGUGGAUUUUUACUUAAAGUAUUUGACGCAAACAAAGCUUUCUGAGCGAGACCAAGCCCGAACUCACGUCUUUAGCAGUUUCUUCUAUCGGCGCCUGACAACCAAGCAGCUCAACAGGAAGAGUGAUCAUACUCAUGAGAAAAUGAACAUAGUUGAACAACGCCACUCGCGCGUGAAGAGCUGGACCAAGAAUGUUGACAUCUUUGAGAAAGAUUUCAUCUUUAUCCCUAUCAACGAACACGCUCACUGGUUCCUGGCCGUGAUCUGCUUUCCUGGUCUGGAAGGCCCUGCGCGUUUGUGCGACAAUCAGCCAGUGUCAGCCGAGUCGCUGAAGAAAGCGACAGUGAAAGUGAACAAAGCAGGCAGCCCUGUGAAGCAGUACACCAUUGGUGACACGACAGUCACGAUGGCACAUAGCCCCUCCACCUUGGCGGCCACACUGUUGAAGAAGAAGAGUUCUGAGACUGUUAUAUCUGUCGAUGACAGUGGCUCUGAGAGAGAUGAGGCUGAAGGAGAUGAGGAAGAGUUUGCUAACAGUGAGGAGGAGGCUGACAUUGAGCCACCCAAGGAGGCUGAAGAGGCGGUCGUCCCUGAGGAUACCUAUGUAUACCCACCAAAUGCCAUCAAACAGCCCUGCAUUUUAAUCUUUGACUCGCUGUCGUCAAACUCGAGAAACCGCGUUGUGGCAACACUUCGCGACUACCUGCGGAUAGAGUACAAGUUGAAAAAGGGAAAGGAGCGAAAAUUCAACAGGGAUGUCUUCCGUGGUGCCUUGCCCAAAGUUCCUCAGCAGAACAAUUUCACCGACUGUGGAAUAUUUAUGCUGCAAUACGCUGAAAGCUUUUUCGAGAAUCCAAUUCGUGAUUUUACCCUUCCCUUAAAGAAUGUAAGGAAAUGGUUUGAUGAAGAAACGGUUCGGGGCAAACGCGAAAGCAUCGCUCGACUGAUCCAGCAAAUGGCAACAGAACAAGGCGUUUCAUUUAAGUUGCCUGAGUUGACUUUCACAAAGCAAUUGCCGAAGGACGCUGUUGUUGAGGGGGUUAUUGUCGCACCUUCUGGACCACAGCAGGAGCAACAGCCAACCUCAGAGCAGACUGAGACGGCUGUGGAGCCCGAUUCCGUUCUUCCGGACAUGGAAGUUGACGCCACUAACAGUGGCGAAGAAAUGGUGACCUUUUCUGUGCUGGUACCUGAGGAACACGUGCUUCCAAUGCCGGUGACGCCGUCAAUAGACUCAGAGGUCGUGGUCAGUGAAGAACCAAAUGAUUCAGGUGCUAGCAUCGAUGAAUCAAAUAUGAAUCAGUGCAUUGAGGUGUUGAACUCGUACUUUCGUGACGACGACGUGGAAGUUGACAGUACCUUGAACAGCAGUUUUUGCAAAAGAAAAGCUGAGGACGAUUUGGAAUCGGGCAGCAGUGCAAAGCGGUCUUGCUGAUCAAAAACUGUUUUUUAACUUAACCCCUCUGCGGUGUUUAUGAAAUAUUGAAUAAAUCAUUAUUCAGUCCUUCGCUAUAAAUGCCAGCUUUAUAAUCUCAAUCACGCAUGUGAGUUUGUGAUGAACUUUGGUUGCAGGAAGACUGGAUUUGAAAUGAAAUAUUGUUAGGAAUAA